CUGACGACAAACGCGAGAUCGUCUUUUUUUCUUUUAAAUUAUUUUACUAUAACUCUCAUAUCAAUUCUUAGAUCCUUUAUAUGUAGUGAAAUCUAUUCGGAAGUUUAUUUCCCAAUUUUACUUUAUGUUGAUGUGAAGUGUAUUAUUGUUGUCAAAUUUAGGUCAUUUAAGUGAUUUAGUUUUUUGUAUGUUUUGAGGUUAGGAUUUUAAAGGAGAAUCGUUUGUAUUCGUUAGAAUGAGCAAUAAUGGUUGGCAUGUUUAUUUAAAUGCGUAAUUGCAGAAAUUAGGAGAUUACACAUUUUUAAACUAGACAUAUAAAUGUCCACAGGAUAAAUUUAGGUAGCUAUCAGGUUAUUUAAUAUAAUCUAAUUUAACAAACAAACAGAAAGAGUGCCUCUGACAGGAAGUGCUGUAAACUCCAAAAAUUUGAAUGGUUCAAUUUCCCGCGUUGUUGGCCGAGUGCUCUUAUUGGUUAUUGACCAAACCGACAUUCCUAAAGAUUUGCAAGGCACGAACUCGGCUGAAAUGCAUUCUGGUAACUGCCAAGUAUCAUCUAAAAAGCUGGCAUUUCUGAGAUUCAAUCUAAAGUAGAUUUUACUGAUUUGCAAAAGCACCGAGAGAAAUAUUUCGCCAAGGAUUUCAUCUCCCAGGAUACUAUUAUGUGAGUAAUAUUCCAGCGAGGAUAAAUGGUGGGUUCUUAUCUGUAAUCAGAAAGAGCAUUUCACGUGUAAAAAUUAUAUAGAUGAAAAACCAAUCAAUAUUCCUUCAUAACUUACGAUAUAUUGCACUGGCAAAUGCAGGCACCUUCGAGUUAAACAGUUUCAGAUUUUUUAUCAGAUUGAGGAAAGCUAAGUCUCUCCAGAAGGAGCCUUCACUUUCUGCGCGCCUAUCUUCAUUGAUAAAAGUAUCCAGUAUCUCUAGUGUUUUGUGCGAGUUGCAAUGCCGGUCUGCACUUUAAAAUAAUAAAUUUACCCUUCGAAGCAUCAGUUCCUAAUUCGAUGUUCUGCGAGGCCGAUUAAAAAUCUCAGCGUCACAUAAUAUAAUUAUUGAUUAUAUUUGAUAUUUGUAAGACAAAAAAGGAGAAUAAAAACAACAAUGGCUACUAUUUUGCCCAGUGUGAACGAUGUGCGUGUGGAGGCUUUGCAAAAUUUCACGGAGGAGUUUGGAGAGAAUGCCAAUAUUUGCGUCUGCGCUCCUGGACGCGUUAAUUUAAUAGGCGAACAUACGGAUUAUAAUGAUGGAUUUGUUUUGCCGAUGGCAUUACCUAUGGUGACUGUAAUUGCUGGAAAAGCAAAUCAGAGCAGUAUAUGCAAAAUUGUUUCAUUGAGCGAUGCAGUUGGCACUAGAAAUUUAGUAGAAUUCGACAUCAGCAACAGACGUGCCUUAAAACCUGGAGAACCCAAAUGGGCAAAUUAUGUCAAAGGCUGCGUUGCAAAAUUUUCUUAUGAUGGACUGGUACCCGGUUUUAAUGCCGUUAUUCUUUCAACCGUGCCAGUCGGUGCUGGAUUGAGUAGUUCAGCAGCUCUAGAAGUUGCGACUUAUACAUUUUUAGAAGCCAUGACUGGUUUUGUAUCAGAGAGAUUGGAAGAUAAGGCUCUCGUCUGCCAAAGUGUAGAACACCAAUUCGCCGGGGUGCCUUGUGGAAUCAUGGACCAGUUUAUUUCCGUCAUGGGGAAAGAAGGUCAUGCCCUUUUAUUAGACUGUAGAGAUCUUGCCACAAAACAAAUUCCGAUGGAACAUCUCGAUGACAAUCUUUUCCUGAUAAUUAAUUCAAAUGCUCCUCAUAAAUUAAGUUCCAGUGCUUAUUGUGAACGCAGAGACAGCUGUUUUGAGGCUGCCAAGUUGUUAAAUAAGAAGAGUCUUAGAGAUGCGACUUUGGAAGACCUGGAAGUCCUCAAGACUCGACAUUGUCCUCAAAUUACAAUAAAAAGAGCACGCCAUGUGAUCACAGAGAUCCAGAGAACUUUGGAAGCUACAGCUGCUCUCGAAAGUGGAAAUUUGCUCAAAUUUGGAACGCUAAUGAAUGAGAGUCACGAUUCCUUAAGAGAAGAUUAUGAAGUUUCUUCUCAGGAACUUGAUACUCUUGUUUCUGCAGCGAGAGAAGUCGAUGGCGUCGUUGGAAGUCGUUUAACAGGUGCCGGAUUUGGUGGUUGUACUGUGACUCUUUUGAGAAAAGAUGCCGUUGAAACAGCGAUCAAGCACAUUAAAAAAACGUACAAAGGAAAUGCUACUUUCUACAUAGCGAAGCCAACCAAUGGUGCCAGACAACUGGAAAUAAAAUAAGUCUUCCUUAGUCGAAAAAAAAACUUUAGUUUUUAAGAAUGAACACCA